UGUAGUGGUUGGAUCGUAGUUUCCCUUACGCUUUUGCUCAAAUCUUUCCCUUUUCUUCUUCUUCUUCUCCUCUCUUUCUCGAGCAGAGCCCAUGAACUCAAACGGAGCGAGCCCGCCAAUGCGUUCGCCGGUUGCGAUCUCCGCCUGCUUCGCUCUUCCUCUGCUCGCGCUCUCCUCGCUCUUCUUCUCCCCCGCCGUCUCCGACCCUCGAAUCGCCCAAGCGGGCCUCCUCUGCGGGAACUCCUCCGGGAUCUUCGCCGGGAACAUCGUCCCCAACUUCGGCGCCAUCAUGAGGGAGAUCUCCGUGAGCGUCACCGACCGGCGGUGGGGCAACUCCUCCCUCACGUCCCCGCCCCCGGCGGUGUACGGCCUCGCCCAGUGCCACGGCGACCUGGUCGAGACCGACUGCCUCCUCUGCUACGCCGAGAGCCGGACCCGGAUCCCCCGCUGCCUCCCCAGCUCCGGCCGGCUCUACCUCGACGGCUGCUUCCUCCGUUACGACGGCUACGACUUCUACAACGAGACCGUCGAUCCGACGCGCGACAUGCUCAAGUGCAGCUCCAAUUCGACGGUCCCCGCGGACCAGAAGGACAGGGUGGCCGAGUUCUCGGAUAGGGUGGACCGGGUGCUGAGGAAUGUCUCGGCGACCGCGGUGCAGAACAGGGGCUUCGCGGUGGCCGGGGAGGACGGAGUCGGAGAAGUCGCCGGGGUAUACGCUUUGGCACAGUGUUGGAGCACGCUCGACGCCGGCGGUUGCAGAGUCUGUCUGGAGAAUGCAACUUCCAUGGCGAGAAGCUGCGCACCCGGAGAAGAAGCGCGGGCCAUGAACGCCGGAUGCUUCCUCCGUUACUCGACGACGAAGUUCUACAGCGUCCCCGUCACCGGAGGGUCGUCCAGGAUCCACAUCACCAUAGCAAUAGCCUCAUCGGCCGCUGCGGCGACUUCGCUUGUUCUCAUCGGCGCAUACAUCGGAUACAAAAAGUACUCCAUGGACAAACAAGUGCAAAAUAGCCUCCUGAGAUUACCGGCGAGCAUGAGCAAGUCUAGCUUAUACUUCAAGUACGAGACGCUGGAGAAGGCCACCAACUUCUUCCACGACGAGAGGAAGCUGGGGCAAGGCGGGGCCGGCUCCGUGUACAAGGGGAUCCUGGCCGACGGGAAGGUCGUCGCGGUUAAGCGGCUGGUGUUCAACACGCGCCAGUGGGUGGACGACUUCUUCAACGAGGUGAACCUGAUCAACGGGAUCCAACACAAGAACCUCGUCAGGCUUUUGGGAUGCAGCAUCGAAGGCCCGGAGAGCCUCCUCGUCUACGAAUAUCUUCCUAACAGAAGUCUUGAUCAAGUUCUUUUCGUGAGCAACGCGACCUACAUCCUGACUUGGGAGGAGAGGCUGCACAUCAUCACAGGAACAGCCGAGGGCCUCGAGUAUCUUCACGGAGGCUGCGGAGUGAAAAUCAUCCACCGGGACAUAAAAACCAGUAACAUCCUCCUCGACGAGAAUCUCACCGCAAAAAUCGCGGAUUUCGGGCUUGCCCGAUGCCUUGCUCCGGAUAAGUCUCAUCUUAGCACGGGAAUCGCCGGCACACUCGGUUACAUGGCGCCUGAAUAUCUCGUGAGAGGACAGCUAACGGAGAAAGCCGAUGUUUAUGCUUUUGGGGUGCUGGUUCUUGAAAUCUUGAGCGGUAGGAAGAGUAGCGUGUUCGCGCAGGGGUCGGGCUCUGUAUUACCGUCGGUGUGGAAGCAUUACAGGUCGAACAAUCUAGCCGCGUGCGUCGAUCCCGCCCUACGAGGCAAAUUCCCCGUCCAGGAGGCCACGAACGUGCUCCAACUCAGCCUUCUGUGCACGCAAGCCUCCAUGGACCUGCGGCCCCCCAUGUCCGGGGUCGUCGAGAUGCUCCUCCACAACAGAGACCGCGAGGUCCCCCAGCCGAAGCAACCCCCGUUCCUCAACGCCAGCGUGCUGUCCGACGAAUCCAGCGGCAGGAGCUCCUACACGCACACGUGGCUGUCGAACCAGCUCACGGCGUCCGAGGUCUCUUCCAGCCUGACGGGGAGCCCGCGGACCAACAGCCGGCUCGCGAUGGAAGCAUCCGAGCCUAGGUAGGAAGCGGGACCCCAUUCUUUCUGUACAGGCAGAUGGUUAGACAUCAUUUCGCACGGACGGGACGAGUCAAA